GUGUGAAACAGUUACUGCGGCAGAAUGAGGAGGAGUUUUAAUUUUUUGUGCACUUCACCUGUUCUCCUCACGAGGCAGAGUAUGUGAAUGUGGUGCAUCAUUAGAGCAGCCUCAGACACCGCACCCCGUCAGACACGAACACUCCUCCGGCUUGUCUCAUUACAUUGCAUAAUACUGACGAGCCAUCAUGCGUGAGUGUAUCUCCAUCCACGUCGGUCAGGCUGGUGUCCAGAUUGGCAAUGCAUGCUGGGAGCUUUACUGCCUGGAACAUGGGAUCCAGCCGGACGGACAGAUGCCCAGUGACAAGACCAUCGGAGGAGGAGACGAUUCCUUCAACACCUUCUUCAGUGAGACUGGAGCUGGAAAACACGUCCCCAGAGCUGUUUUUGUCGACCUGGAGCCCACUGUCAUCGAUGAGGUGCGCACUGGGACCUACCGCCAGCUGUUCCACCCUGAGCAGCUGAUCACCGGCAAGGAGGAUGCUGCCAACAACUACGCCCGUGGACACUACACCAUCGGCAAAGAGAUCAUCGACCUGGUGCUGGACAGGAUCCGCAAACUGUCGGACCAGUGCACCGGCCUUCAGGGCUUCCUGGUUUUCCACAGCUUCGGAGGUGGCACCGGCUCUGGUUUCACCUCCCUGCUGAUGGAGCGUCUGUCUGUCGACUACGGCAAGAAGUCCAAGCUGGAGUUCUCCAUCUACCCAGCUCCCCAGGUGUCCACCGCUGUGGUGGAGCCCUACAACUCCAUCCUGACCACCCACACCACCCUGGAGCACUCUGACUGUGCCUUCAUGGUGGACAACGAGGCCAUCUACGAUAUCUGCCGUAGGAACCUCGAUAUCGAGCGUCCUUCUUACACAAACCUCAACAGGUUGAUCAGUCAGAUAGUGUCCUCCAUCACUGCUUCCCUUCGUUUCGACGGGGCCCUCAAUGUUGAUCUGACAGAGUUCCAGACCAACUUGGUGCCAUAUCCCCGUAUCCACUUCCCUCUGGCCACCUAUGCCCCUGUCAUCUCUGCUGCAAAAGCUUACCAUGAGCAAUUAACGGUGGCAGAAAUCACCAAUGCCUGCUUUGAACCAGCCAAUCAGUUGGUAAAAUGUGACCCUCGCCACGGCAAAUACAUGGCCUGCUGCCUUUUGUAUCGUGGCGAUGUGGUGCCCAAAGAUGUAAAUGCUGCCAUUGCCACCAUUAAAACCAAGCGCUCCAUCCAGUUUGUGGACUGGUGCCCCACUGGUUUCAAGGUGGGCAUCAACUACCAGCCGCCCACUGUAGUUCCUGGUGGAGACCUGGCUAAAGUCCAGAGGGCUGUGUGCAUGCUGAGCAACACCACUGCUAUUGCAGAGGCCUGGGCUCGGCUUGACCACAAGUUUGAUCUGAUGUACGCUAAGCGUGCCUUUGUUCACUGGUAUGUGGGUGAGGGUAUGGAGGAGGGAGAGUUCUCUGAGGCCAGAGAGGACAUGGCAGCUCUGGAGAAGGAUUAUGAGGAGGUUGGAGUCGACUCUAUUGAGGGGGAGGGAGAGGAUGAAGGAGAGGAGUAGAGCAUACUACAUAAAUUAAUCUAACUCAAAAGUGUAAGUCCUGAACAAUAUACAGGACACAAUAUAGUGCAUUUGUUUUCGAUGUGUAAACUUGUGUUUAAGUUCUAAAUAUUACAAACGCACAUUACAUUUCAUGUAACUGACGCUUUUAUCCAAAGCGACUUCCAAACACAUUCACAUGAUGGGGUAGCAUCGGGAGCAAUUCAGGGUUCACUGUCUUGCCCAAGAACACUUCAACAUGGUCAUGGUCAUGCUUACUGUAGUUGUAAAAAGUUAUUUAAAUGGUUUAUAAACUGUAAAUAAAUCUGGAAAAAUUACAGGC